AUGGCUGACUCGUCAUAUCUACAAGUGGAAGAUAUAUACCAUCCCGAGGCAGAUGUUGAAAAUUUCGAGGACUAUGUACCCGGCGGAUACCACCCAACUCUCAUCGGAGACACCUUUUGUAGUGGCCGUUACACCGUCGUCCACAAGCUUGGUUUUGGUGGAUAUUCAACGAUUUGGCUCGCCCGGGAUCACCAACGCCAGCGCUACGUAUCGCUAAAGAUAUUGACUGCGAGAGCAUCACCAGAUAGCCACGAGGGGGAAAUCCUUCAUCGCCUGAUGAAGAGUGACCUUGCUCAUGCUGGAAAGCGAUUCAUUCCAUCCCUACUUGGCCAAUUCUCGUUUCAUGGUCCAAAUGGACAUCACCGGUGCUUGGUCGGAGAGCCUGCUGGUGUCAGUGUUGCUCAGUCCAAGGAGGACAGCCCAAACUUCAUGUUUCCGCCGAACGCUGCUAGAUCUGCUGCCGCCCAGCUCCUCUUAGGGUUGUCUUAUUUGCAUGCAAACGGCAUAUGCCACGGAGAUCUUCACUUGCGCAAUUUUCUCUUACGCAUACCGAACUUCGACGGCCUUAGCACAUCUGAGCUAUACAGGCGUUUUGGUACAAUCGACGAGGUUCCUAUCAUGCGACUGGAUGGAAAGCCUGGUGAACCCCACGCACCACCCUAUGCCAUCUAUCCCAUGGCUUUGGACAUGCCUUCCAACAAGGUAGAUGACCCAGAAAUCAUCAUCUCGGACUACGGGACGUCCUUUAUUGUGGCACAGACGCCCUCACCAACUCUCCAUACCCCAGCUCUCUACUCUCCACCAGAAGAUUUUUUUAAUGAACCCAUCAUUCAACCCACCGCAGCUGAUAUAUGGACCCUUGGUGUCAACUUGUACGAGCUCUUAGGCGAGCGCGUACUCUUCGAAACAUUUGCCUGGGACCGAGAUGACAUUGUCGCCGAAAUGGUCAAUACGCUGGGCCAACCGCCCAUGAGAUGGUGGGACUCUUGGGCAAGUCGUUCCGAAUUCUUCGAGAAGGAUGGGUCAUGGGUCGCUGACUUCCGCCGUAUCAGCACUCCCGUCUUCCGGCCUCUGCAUCAGCGCCUCUGGGAUAUGGGCCGUGGCGAGACGGAGCAGACAUGUCAAUGGGACGUUGCAGGUGGUGAACUACGUGCGUUGGAGGACUUCCUCAGAGCUAUGAUGACGUUUGAACCUGCGGAACGACCCACGGCGGACCAACUCCUCAGGUCUGAGUAUAUGGUGAAGUGGGCGUUGCCCGCGUGGGAGAAGCAGAAAAGCGCUCAUCCUAUUAGGCCGUAG